AUGUCCAGUCUACAGGCCCAGUUAUCCAAAAAUGCGUCGCUGAACGCAGCACUCUACGUCGAUCGCGCUCGACGAAAACCACAAGCAUCGUAUUUAUUCACCGGACGGGAUGCCGACAAGUACGACCUCGAGACGAUCCAUGCUCUAGGCGUGAAUGCAUUUUUGCAACUUGCGAGUGUGUGCCCGGCGUUGGAGAAAUAUGAAGAUGCGUUGUUCUCGGACAGGGCGAGGAAUACGGACAGGACGUUGCUUAGUCCUGAUGCGGUGGAGGAGUUGAAUAGGGCUAUUGGGGAGUUUUUGGUUAGGUUGGGUCCGUAUUUGUUGGAGGCGCCUACAGGGAAGGCGAUUGAGUGGUUGGUGAAGAGAUUUAGAAUUCACGAAUUCAACAUCGACUCCCUAGUAUCGCUUUUCCUGCCCUACCACGAGACACCCCAUUUUACCAAGAUUAUCUCCAUCCUGGACCUCAAACCCAAUACGCUAUGGAGCUUCCUCAUCCCAUAUAAAUCCGCCGCCCAAAACAUCCAACGCGUCUCUCUGGUCUCUGAGAUGAUUAAAAACGUCGACGUUGCGCGAUUCGUCACAUCUCUACUCCCUUACGCCAUCAAAGGCGGCUAUGCCCACCGCACGCUAUUGUCGUUCAACGCUGCGACCGUUCACGAGUUUAUCAAGCGGAGCAACAGACUGAGUGAAGGCGUUGUAGCGUUCCUUCUGCCUGCACUGUUGGAGCCAUUGCAGCAAAAGUCGGAGACACCUUCCAAGGAUGCUAUCCUUGGAAGCUAUAUCUUGUUAGCUACCCUCUCUCAAAAAUGCGGACUUGCGCCUCCUGCGUUGAAGGUCAUCAUUGGAGCGUUGGCUUCGAGUGCCCGACAUGUGUCCGCCAAACAGUUCGUUAGCGCUGCCCUUGCAGUCUGCCAACCUCAGACAGAUUUGGAGAAGGUGUCAGAAUCGACUGUGAACGCCAUGCUGAAGUUGAGGGGCAUCAACGAGGAGAUAACUGCUGCAUGCAAAUGGCAUGGUAGCGAGAAGCUGCUUCUGCCUAUCGUGACCAAGGUCGUCCCGAAGUUGACGGAUCCCAACAUCGCCGAAUUCCUCGAAAACCUUGUCUCCUCGCCCACCGUGCCGGAGCCCGUCCUCAUGCGACUGACCUCCCUGCUCGUUAAGACCGCCAGUUCAAAUGAAUCAUCGCUUUCUGAGCGCAAGAUGCUCGGGACACUUCAGCAGCGACAUCCAGCUGUAGUUCAGAAGGUUACCAAGGAACUUAUUGACGAGGAUGAUGAUUCGAAGGACACCAUUGAGCAGUUGAUCCUCUCGCUCUCUGUGACUCAAAACAUCCCCGCCUCGAAGACAACUCCCGGCCUGGACGUUAUCAUUGCUUCGACUCACGCCGACGCGAAUGUUCGCGAAAUCGCUGUCAAGAAACUCUUGGCUGCUUUGUCUGGUGCGGAUGAUGUGGAUUCUGUUCGCAGCGCUCUUCUUGCACGUCUCUUUGACGACAAUGUCGGCGUGUUGGAGUCUCUCUACUCCAAUCCAACCGUUCUCGCUCAGAGCUUCCUCGCCAUCGCCUCCGAAUACGUCGACACCCUUUCAAAAGCCAUCGCGUCGCCCGGUGCCAAACCCAAACGUGCCGUCUUACGCCUCCAUCUCGGAUUCCUCAGCGACCACAUCCUCGCGACCUUGGACUCGGAACAGCAGACGCAAAUAUUCGAAAGGAUCUUCUUCCCAUUCUUGCUAUUCUCCAAGCCUCGACAACAUACUGCAGAGUUGAUUUGGGACCUGAUCGCAGAGAAACAUGCGGGUACCUUUGAGUUGUUGAAGGGGGCGGCUGAUAUUUGGGCUAAGCAAAAGGCGUCGGAGCGGGGCAUUGAAGAGAUGGUUGAGUUGAAUAGUGGUAUUGCUGAGAAGAUUGCUGAUAACAUCAUUCGAUCCGACGAUUUCUCAAAGCAUCUGGAGGACGUAGUAGGCAGGCUCAACGAUGACAACUCGUGGUCCCGAUCGCUUGCUUUCCUCGUCGUCCGUGCCCUGCUGGAGAACCUCUCCGACUCCCAUCAACAUCAAGCUGGCAAAGCCGUCCUGGAGGCUUUGAACCUCGAGACGCUCCCUUCAAUCGAGGACCUCUCGGAAGACCAAUCCUUUGAGGAGGCGGUCAGAGGAGAUGUGAUUGGGAGAUAUGUCGUCGCGAAACCCAACAGCAAAACUACUUUGGGCUGGCUGCAGGUCUCAGGUUUGGCAGCUGUGGCCAAGAUCCCUAAACCUUUGAACAAGUCUGUUGAUUGGUUCAAGGCUGUGGAGAAGGCAUGUCUACUCAAAAAAUUGUACAAACUUGCCAAUUCCUCCGGAUCACUCCCCGCUAUGUCUAUGGGUCUCCUUCAGGCUCUCUUCAACAGUCUUGGCGGCGAUGCUCUCGUUUUCCUCGCGGGCAUUUGGACGAUAUCGGACGACGAGCUUAUCCCCCUUCAGGGACUUGCUCUUUUGCACGCUACGGCUUUCUUAGAGGCACAUGCUCAAGAACAGGAUGAACUUGAUUUCCAAACCAUCCUGCCUGCUCUACUGGUAGCGUUGCAGAACCCUGUUGCUCAAUGCAGAGCGGCGUCCUUGGAGUGUGUUGCGAGGUUGCGGAUUAUCGCUGGUGGCAACUUGAGCCACGUAUACAAGUUCGACGUUGUCUAUGGCCCGCAGAAUCAGGAACUGCAGUACUUGGACAAGGACGAUUUGGUGCGGUACCUUGACGCACUGCUGGAGCAUAAAGAUCACUUCCAUGGGGAUGCUGGGUAUCUUGCUUUGUUCCAUGGGCAAUACCUCGUCAAGAACGCAGGUGACAGGAAGCGUGAUUCCGAAUAUCGCAAGCGAGUUCUUUGCUACCUCUUGUCGCAUAUCAACGCGGUCUCGUCCCCUGACGUUCGGGUCUCGCUCUUGCGGUCUGUGCAAUCUGUCCAGGACAAAGCUAAGCUGCAGUUGUUGCUGCCCACCAUCCAGUCCCUCCUUGUUCCCGGUGGAGUUUACAGCGAGGAAUUGGCGUCUUCACUUGUGUCGAGCUUCAAUUCUUCCACUUCCAGGGAUCUUAACGACACUGCUAAGCCAUAUUGGAAGGUGUUCACUGAUGUCCUCAGGAAGUAUUUGCCCUUGGGACCCACGAACCCCAUUUCCGGUGUUUUGGCGGCUGGUUUACUUCAGGGCCUGUUUGAGAAACUGGAUCAACAGAGGAAGAUCGAGCUCUGUGAUGUCUUGCUCGAGAUUUGCUCAGAUCAUGUUGAAUCGCAUAUCGUCUGCAAGGAGCUGCUAUCGACUGUGCUGAAGGACAUUCCUGUCACCGUGGCUCUCCUCAAUUCCCUGUCUCCCAGCAACAAAGCAACUGAUAGGGCUAUCAAGAGGGCAAAGACUAAUGAACCCGAGCAACCCAAUAUCUCCAAACUUACCUUCUUUGCGGAAGCUCUCACCACCCAAACACUGCCGGGCUCUGUCGAUCUUAUUUCCCACUUGUUGCAAGCUUUGAGCAGUGUCGUUCAAGCCUUGUCUGCUGCACAGGCCGAUGUGAAUUACACUGAGCAGUUGCUCAUGUCGGCGAUUGAUAGCGCUGCCAGCCAGGUCAAGGAGCUACCCAACAUCUCACCUAGUGCCAUUCGUCUGGAUGUCCUUGUAGAGCUAAUUCGAGUGACGGACAACCCACAGACUUUCCAUCAAGCCCUUAUUCUGAUGUCAAACUUGACCCGCCUUGCACCGGACUCUGUCCUUCACAACAUCAUGCCCGUUUUCACCUUCAUGGGUUCCAAUGUCUUCCAUCGGGACGAUGCUUCCAGCUUCAACGUCACCAUCGAUGGAAUUGUGCCUGUCAUGGUUUCGUCGCUGAAGAAAUCGGCGACCAGUCCCUUGCAACUUGCUAUCGAAGCCAAAGACUUCCUCCACAUCUUCACUGAUGCAGCUAACCACAUCCCUCGCCACCGCCGAACCAAAUUCUUCUCGCACCUUGUCACGGUUCUUGGACCGCAGGAUUUCCUAGCUGCUGUCUGCAUGCUCCUGGCUGAGAAGUUGGUCAAUAAAGCCGUCCGACAGACGGAGGAUGAUGCCAGAACCUCGCUCUCAUUGCCCAUUUCUCUCCUCAGCGGUACCCCGCUCCCAACUAGGAUUCAGGCCAUCGUCGCCAUCCUCGAAGAGGUGGAAAGGCUUUCAACGCGUGUUGUCGAUCCUUCCCAAGCCAGCCCUACGUUCUUGUCUGCCCCGAGUGACAGCGACCAGGGUUCUUCGUCCGUGGUCUACAGGCGAAGGGCUCAAGCUCUGCUCAUCCUGGUCGGCCUCUCCUUCGAUACACCCUUGCUGUCCGCGGAGGACGUACCUCUGGAUCAGGUCGUCGCCAAAAUGAUUACAUUGUCGACGCCGCCGCAAGCACUGGACGGAGCAGACAAGCUUCGGGACGUGUCGCUGGCCUCUCAGAAGGCCCUUGGUCAGUUCUUGUCUGUGAUGCCGGCAAAGGCCUUCCUUUCUGCCAUUGCAUCGAUUUUGCAAACCGAUGACACUAGGGUUCAAGUCGCGAGCUUAGACCUGCUCAGCCAACGUGUUCCCGACUUGUCCGCCAAAGCAAGACAAGAUUCAGCGGCAACUAUUGUGCAAAUCUUUGGUCACCUCAAGAGACUCAUCCCAAGGGAAUCUGACGCUGUUGCCGUUUCUGCUGCCGCAUUACGGGCUUUGACUGCGCUAGCUUCUACUUUGGAGCCUCAAGAGCAUGGUUCAGCCGCAGAACUCGUUCCCUUUGCAUUGAAAGCAACUGCUAAUCAGGAGAUUGUCGUCGAUGCCUGGCAAUCAUUGUUACCUAUGUCCAACUUUGUCAGUCGCAACCUUGGCCCAAGGAUUAUCCCCCAUUUCCGUUCCAUUGUCCAGGCAAGCAUCGGCGAUCUUGGGACUUCCGACCAUCCCGCUGUGCCCGUGAUUCAGUCGACACUUCAGGGAUUGCUGGCAUCUAUUCCUACCUUCUGGGCCGCUCCCGAAGUGCUCUCACUGUUCACGCUUUAUAUCGAUCAGAGCAUCGACCCUGCUGCUGGAUCGUUGUUGAACCUUAUCAAAUCUGUCACCAAGCGUGUUCCUGCCAAAAUUCUGCUUCCCACUCUAUUGGACAUGUGGCCUCCCGUGCAGAAUCCUCUCAACUUAGACCGCAUGGCAGCCUACUUCGAGCUCGUCUUCCGCUCCCUCCACAACGCCGACCGAGCAGCCGUUCUGGAGCACCUUCGUCCUGUAUUCAAGUUAUUCUUGGAGGCACUUGGUUACGCUGUACCUGACCAUAAGCUGGAAGCGAAUAUUAUUUCCGCGUUCAGAGAACUGGUGGUCAAACUGAACGAGACAGCCUUCAGGCCCUUGUUCCGUCGUCUAUACGACUGGGCCUUCGCUGCCGACAAAGACGACUCGUCUCGCAAGAUCGUUUUCAUCCACCUGUACCUAGGGCUACAGGACUAUUUCAAGGGCCUGAUGAGCCCCUACAUGUCCUUCCUGCUUCAGCCCUUCGAAGAAACUCUCAAAGGCUACUCUUCGGCUACUCACGGAGACCAGAGUCUCUGGACUGCGACCAUCUCAAGUUUGCACAAGGCGCUUACUCACGACGACGGCGGAUUCUGGCGCAAUGACAAGCUCCGCCAAAUCUCCAAUACCCUGGCGCAACAAGUUGCGACCGCCAUCAACCUCGGUUUUGGUGACGGAAAGGAUUUGUUGCGCGAUUGCUUGAUUGCCCUGGUCGAAGCAACGAAUGAUGACACCCUUCUCAAGUUAAUCAAUCUGAACAUUUUGAUGCACACUCGUUCAGAGGACGCAAGAUUGCGCCUAUACGCUCUCAACUGCUCUGUGUCCAUCUGGCAAGCGUGUGGAGUCAAACUUCUUGGUUUCGUGGCAGAGACAGCAACAUUCAUCGCUGAGUGCAGUGAAGAUGAAAACGAUAUGGUUGUCAAGGAGUCCUUAAGGCUGAAACAUGCGGUAGAAAAUGUAGCUGGAAAGAUCGAGGAACUGUGA